AUGGAAUUUAUUGAUCCGGCAGCUGAUACUAACAAAGCUGUAAGUUUUACAUACGUCGAGGUCUUCUUCUUACUUGGGAGCUUAGGCAUUGUCGAAAGAAUCACCAGUAAAACGCUUGUUCUACAACCUCAGUUUGUAAUCAUAGGUGAUGAAACAUCAGAUCAGGUCAACCGCUCUAUUACCAUAGACUGGAGAUUCAUCUUGUAUACACCGAAAGAUAUUUACAUCACGAAACCCGACUACCAUCUUUUAUUUACGCAAGAAAUUAUAGAUCCAGAAAAAAAAGAAUUGUGA